UUCAUGGACACCGUGCACCGCUGGUUCAUGCUCAUGGACGUGAGCAAUUGUACCCAGCACAUACACCAGAACAAUGCCGAUUGCAAGCAGUUCGAAUUUACAAGCGAUGAACGGUUAAUCUGGCUUGAAACAAGCUUCCUCGACUACCUGGCCGAUCUCAAAAGCCAGUGCCUGGCGAAGAACUUCUUAACCAAGGAGACUUACGAAGGCCUGGUGAUGACAACUCGUUCAAAUGUUGAGUGCAUUCGAUAUCUUCUUGAAGAGAUGCGCUUUCACUUUGUUUUAACGAGAAAAAUGUCGUCUGACCCAAUCGAGUCGUUUUUUGGCUGGCUGAGGAAGUCAGCAGGGUCAAAUGAUCAAACGGAUGCCCGAGCUGUUCUGUCAGGUAUUGAGAAGACUCUGAAGACUGGCAUCGCGUCGGCGGCUGGUACGAGCAACGUAAUGGCAGCAGAAGGCAGCGAUUACUUGUCAACGCUGCCGCAACAGAAAAACACAAGGGAAGGAACCAGCGAGGAAUUCCCUGCAGAUGCAUGUAGAGAGCUCACAGAGCGACUCAAGCGAGGACAGCCUCUGCUUCCUACUCCAGAUGUCGCAGCAUUGGCUAUGGUCGGCGGCUACUUGGCAAGAGUUGUACAAGAAAAUAUCAAUUGCGAGGAGUGCGUCAGCCUGUUAAAAAAGCCAAACGCCUCGGCGCCCUCGGACUCGCUGAUAAAGCACCAAGACCGCGGUGGACUCAUCUACCCAUCGGGACAACUUUUAGCGGUUCUCUACGCAUUAGAGAAAUUUAUCGGCGUUCUUCUCGCAAGAAGAAGGCACAUGAAUCAGCCUUUGAAGGAGGCUGUGAGUAAUGCCGCUGCAAUACUCCGCGAGCACAAAACUUUGAUGUGCUCGACGCCAGGACACCAAGAGAACCUGCUGCAACUGUUGCUGACAAAGUUUUUUCGCCCAAUAUUCACAAAUUUUGCAAUGAAGGCGACAGACAAACACGACAUGGCUAAAGUGUUUGAAAUAAAACCGCUGUCACGAAAGACCCUCAAACUGUGAGCUUUGAUCUCACAGUUCGGCGCUUUUUGGUGAAGGGCUGGCUCUCCACAACAUGUUUUGUGUUGCUUACUUCCACUGUACAUUGUGUACGAACAUCAAUUUAACGUGCGAUUAUAUUUUAUAAUUCCAUCUCAAAUACGAACGCCAAACUUGUCUCCACGAGCGCGUGCGCAAGCGGCGGCGUCGCGUCGUCUGCUCUGGGACAGGGUAUGGGAAGGCAGCGUGGUCUGGUGGCGGGCGCAUGAACUAGGCGGUACGGACGGCGCGCUUUGUUCCCCCACUCAGUGAGCGGGCAUGAAAAAAUAUAGGAGGCUAUGGGCGAGUCUGCCCGUCCCGCGCUUUUCCAACUGUGGUUUCCAUCCCCGUCGACGCCCCCGGGCACGGGAAACAGCCGACCACCCCGAAGCGUCGUCACUGGGUUUCUUUCAGGAACCGAACGGAGGGAGCGGGGUCCUUUCUCUCGCGC